AUGGCGGCAAGGCGGGCGAACCUGCCGAGGGCUUCACGUGGCCCUCGCCUGCAGCAAGACACCUGCGCGCGUCGCGCGGCGGAUGACGAUGACCACGACCCUACUGCAGACGUCGCCAGCUCCUCCGACGGGACCCGUCUCAGGCAGCCUACGAAGCGAGGGCAGGCAAGCCGACGUAGUUCCAUCACGAGAAUUGCCCAGAACGACCGAGCCCUCGCGGACGUGGAGCUCGACCAAGACACGUAUGGAGUUUCCGAGCUUCGAGACGGGCUAUUCGAGGCCAUUUUCCUCCAACCCCUUCGCCCCCCCAGCAUGCAACGCCUCUCCGGACAGGCAGCGGCCGCCUUGCCAUGGGAGCUUGGCAAGUCGUCUCCGCUGGUGGGCAAGGACCGUGUGCGUCGGCAAAUCCGCGAGCUCGGCUCCCUGCUUCGCCGCGUAGCCACCACGCGAGCAGGCGUCGGACUGCUCAAAGCAUCCCUGGCGUACGUUUCGGCGUACGCGCUCUGCCUGGCUCCGGCCGCGAGCACCUGGCUCGGUCGCCAUCACUACGUGGUGGCAGUAUCCGUAGUUCUGAACCACCCAGCCAGGACGCUCGGAGCCCAGCUAGAAGGCGCCGUGUUCACCGUCGCGGGAACCGCCGUCGGCCUGGGCUGGGGGGCCCUCUGUCUCUUGCUUUCCACCUCCGCCACGCUGGCUGCCGGGGCUGGAUACGGCGGCGUGCUGGCCGUGUUGCUGGCGUCGUUCAUGCUGGCCAUGGCUUGGGCUCGUGCUUUCUUCGCCCGAUCGCACCAGGCAGUGCUGUGCGCCGGCAUAGCCGUCCUGUUUGUAACUUUGGCGGCAGCAAACGGUCAACAGCCAGUGGCGUGGAGCAAGCUCCGCGGCUACGGUGUCUGCUGGCUUCUUGGCCAAGCCGUCUCCUUGGUAGUCAAUGUCGUCGUGUUUCCAGAUUCUGGCGCGAGAGCUCUCGCGACAACGCUGCACCGGUCACUAAGCAUCCUGCAGGAGACCCUCGAAGCCACCCCGUCGCCGCAGAGGAAGCAAAGGCAGCGCCUAGCCGCGGCGUUUGUUGAUCUUUCAGAGGCCCAUCGUGACAUGCGCAACGCCGUUACCGUCUCGCGGUUCCGGCCGGAGCAGGUCGAACGGGUUCGCAACACCAUGCAAGCUGUCGUCAGGGCAUUCUUCUCGCUGGAGAGCAAAAGCCAUCUUUUCCAGCACCUGUACGCGGACGGGCCGACGUGCGCCGCCGCAGUUGAGACCGAGGCCGCCCACGCCCUGGUCGACGAGCACAAGAGCGCCCGUCUUGGUGAGCCGGCUUGUGGGAACGGCCAGACCCGAUGCCGCCACGCAGCCGGCUUGAUUCGAACCCUGCGAGCCGCUGCAGAAGAGCUGCUGCGUUGCGUGAAGGACGGGCUGCAGAGAUGCGACGCGGCUUUGAUGGAUGCGUCGGGAUAUCGAGAAGCCCUGGGUCCGCCGCAAGCCGUGUCUCCAGACCUCGGGCCGUGGCAAGUUCGGACCAGGCUUGCAAAGGCUGCCUAUGAUGUUGAAGAAUCCAAUGUCCUCGGGUCGAGACGCCCAGCGGCCGCGGCGUCCUUGAUCCAUGACGCCAACGCGGUGCAGCUCUUCCUGCUCGCGAGGCACAUGCGCGAAGCCGUUGCAAAAGUCGAAGCUCUGGCAGACCAGGUCGCCGCACUGCAGGCAGAGUCGGACCAGCGGCCACGGCUGCACCUCCCGUCGUACCCGAUCCGCAAAGCGGUCCACCGGAACAACGCUCAAGUGCGGCAUGAUGGCGGCGGCGCUGCCGUGGCCUCGUGCGCGAGGACGUUUGCCGACAUUGCGCGGUCGUUUGGCAGCAUCGAAGCACUCGAGCACGAGACGGGGUCCAGGGACGCGACCGAACCAAGCAGGGACGCACCGCAGGCGACGAGCCCCGGCCCAAACACAUCACCGAGAUCCGAAUCGACGCCCCAGAGGAUCCGGCACAGGAUGUGGAAGGGGCUCCACGCCCUGCAGGGAACCGAAGGCCGCUAUGCCUUCCGAGUCUGUCUCGCGACGUGUCUUUUGUCGGUGCCGUCGUUCCUCCCCCGGAGCAGGGCCUGGUGGACCGAGUACGAAGCAUGGUGGGCGGUCGCCAUGAGCUGGGCUGCCAUGCACCCCCGGGCCGGAGGCAGUUUGCGAAGCCUCGCCACCGGGUCGGGAGCGGCUCUGCUGGGCGCCGUCUGGAGCGGCAUGGCCCUUGUGGCCGGCAACGGGAAUCCGUACCUGCUGGGCGCAUUUGCCGCCGUGUACAUGGUCCCCAUGCUCUAUUGCCACACGUCAAGCUCGCACCCGCGGUCCGGCCUCGCGGGGUGCCUAUCCUUCACCGUCGUCUCCUUGACCCUGCAGGCCCAAGGAGGUGGUGGUGGUCCGUCACCUGCCCUGCCAGCUCUCCUCCACGGACUGGCCUUUGUCGUUGGAGCCUGCGUGCCCGUCGUGGUGAACUGGGUGCUUUGGCCCUUUGUCGCCAGGCACGAGCUGAGGUUUUCCCUGUCCUCCAUGCUGCAUUUCAUGAGCAUCCUCUACAGACACGUGGUGGCCAGAUACGUCUACUUUAGCGACGGCAAAGACCCUACAGCCGCAGACCUGCGCGAAUCGGAAAUCCUCGAGGGACGGCUCAGAGAAGGAUUCGUCCGAAUCCGCCAGCUCCUCGCCCUCACCCGCCACGAGCUCCGUCUUCGCGCCCCCUUCGAGCCCCUCCCCUACGCCGCCCUCUCCGAGGCCGCCGAGCGCUUUUUCGACCACCUCAUCGCCGUCCGCCAAUCCGCCUUGUUCUACAACCCGGGCUUUCUUCGAGACGACUCCCCUGCGGCCGAGAAGCUGCUCAGCCAUCGGCGCGAUGCUGUAGCCGCCGUCCUGGGUAACCUGUACAUCCUGGCUGGGGCGCUGCGGUCCCAGCGAAAAGUCCCGUCGUACAUGCCCAGCGCGGCUGCUGCUCGGAGGCGGCUGCUGGCCAAGACGGCUCAAUUGGAGACAACGUCGGCCCCGGACCCCCUGCGUGCCGGAGAGACGUGGAGCGACUUGUACAGCUUCUCGUACCACGAGGGCUUGACGGGAUGCGUCUACCAGCUCGAGCAAAUCGAGAUGUACGCAAAGAUGAUUCUGGGUGAGCAAGGGUUCGAUGACGACUUUUUCUCCCAUGACCAUCAUGAACGAGAUGGCUGCCAUGACGAUCAAUCAUAG